AUGAAGAAGAACAGAAAUUGUCAGAGUGGAUGGUGGGUGGUGCUACUGACUGCCACGCUUGCGGUUCAAGUGUCGGCUGAAGCAGGAGUUGGGUUGUACAACUCGAAGCUGAAACAAGUCACGACAUCAAGCACUUUGAGGUGGACCAAUCUCAAGAAAGAAUCCAUGAACAACUAUGUCGUUGGGGCUGAAUCAGACCUAGGUCCGAUAUAUCUUUGCCGAGCACGUCAUGAAGGUGACAUGAUUUUGGGACAAUUAAAACCAGACUACACGUCCUGCGCUGUAUCCGGAAGUAAGAGUUAUAAUCUAUUUGAGGUGCUUGAAAAUAUUGAAAAUGCGUCUUUGAUCAAUUGGAUACCCUGGUUUAGGUUUCACGCCAAACCAAGUGGUGGAGUAGUCGUCGAUUCCUCUGUGGAUUCAGUUUUUAUUGGCAGAAUGAAAGCCCCAAGUGGAUUUUCUCAUUACAUCGGAAGAAUUGCGUAUGAAAAUGUUAUCGGCCAAUUAAUAACUUUUGACGAUAAGAAUAAUGAAAUAAUAGAAAACAGUGGUGAAAUACUAAAAGAAAUUGAACCUGUAAGUUACAAGUUAGAGAACGUGGUAUUGGACCGAGAUACUGAACAUGUACGUCAGUCCGAACCUGAAGUGUUUGAAGAACGAAUUCUAAAGAACGAGGACGAGGUUGCCGCAACCGUAACAACAGAAAUCGAAUACGGUUACAAUUAUACGUUAUCAUGGGAUUAUGGACAUGGUAUAGCCAUUGGACUAAAUACAACCAUUGAAUUGGAUGACGGCACGCUGUUUCCACAAAUACAAUGGGCAAAUCCAUACACUGAGUCGAGGCCCAAAUUAUUAUACAAACUUGAAAAACAUCUUGAACCUGGAACAGCAUGUAAUGUAACAUUCAGGGGUAACCUCACCAAUCGUGACGUACAGUACACUGCUACAUUGGUCACUUAUUAUAAAGAUAACGACUCCCGAUCGAGGCAAAUGAGAGGUCAGCGUAUUGAAAAUACUUUAGAAGUAGAAGCUAUUUAUGGAGAAAUUUAUUUCCUUGCAAACAACACUUUGGUGCCAACAACGACGACGACUACUACUACUACAACCACCACGACGACGACACCUCCUCCGCCUGAGACUGCUCCACCGGCGCCUGAAGAAAAUGACGUGGCUGCAAUGAAGAAGCCAGAUCAGACUGAACAGAUGGACAGCAAUGAUAUUAACGAAAGCGGCGAAGGCAUGACUAAGGGCUCGAUGCCUAAAGAAGAUAUUAAAAAGUCUGUUGUGGGUGGACUCGGCAGCAACCCUAGUGGAUCAGCUUCAAUGAAAAUUAUUACAUUCACGUUAUUUAUCCCAGCGAUCAUACUUUUACUUUAG